UGCUGUGUCUCCCUGCAGCCGCCGUGUAGAUUGGCGCCACACGCGAUACAUUCCCUAUGAUGAAGAAAUCCUCCAGACGCCUGCCGCCCGCAGCCGCUAAUACCGCAAUGAGACCGCUGACUACUACGCCGCUUCCGCAAGGACUGUCCGCCCGUAACCUGGAGAUGGCAGAAGAUGGCGACAUCUCCGAGUGUGACCGAAAAGAAGGUGCGGAGCCCGGGGUCCGGUACAUCACGGAGUCCCUCAUUCAGAAGGUGUCCCAGCAGCAGCACCUGAGCCUCGUGGUCGCUCUGAACCUUUCCCUCUCCAAGGACGGAGGCAAAAAGUUUAAGUUUAUAGAGAACCUGGAGAAAUGUGAGCGGCUGGAAGUGCUGAACCUGAGCCGUAAUCUCAUCGAGAGGAUCGAGAAGCUGGAGCGGCAGACGAGACUGCGGGAGCUCAACCUGGCCCACAACAGGAUCAGUAAGAUUGAAGCUCUGGAGCACAUGCAGAGUCUGCAGAAGCUGAACCUGUCUGCUAAUAAGAUCGAGCACAUCCCGGCCUGGGUGGGGAAGAAGCUGAAGGCUCUGAGGGUCCUGAGUCUGAAGCAGAACGUCAUCUCCUCAUUGCAGGACGUUUCCCGCUUGAAGCCGUUGAAAGACCUGAUGUCGCUGUAUUUGGCUGACAAUCCGGUGGCCGCGCUCCCCCAUUACCGGCCCUACCUCGUCUUCCACUUGCGCUCCUUGGACUCUUUGGAUGGAGAGACCAUCACAGACCAGGAGCGGCAGGAAGCGCACCACCGCUUCCAUCAGGAGGAGGUGGAGAAGCUGGAGAAGGACCUGGAGAAGAAGAUGGAGGAGAUUGAGGACCUGCAGAGCCAGAAGACCAAGGUCCUCAGCGAGCUCCACAACCAGGACUGUCUGAACCUGUCUCUGCGGGAGGAGCUGCAGCAGCAGAAGAAGAGCUGCAAGGAGCAGGAGUGUGAGAUGGGCACCAAGAACGAGCUGCUGAAGCAGAAGACGCUGGAGCUGACCCGCGCCUGUCAGAAGCAGUACGAGCUGGAGCAGGAGCUCGCCUUCUACAAGAUCGACGCCAAGUUCGAGCCCCUGGGAUAUCUGACCUCCAAGGAGGCAGACGCCGAGGAUGCUCCUGGGGAGAGCACGUACAUUGGGAAAGCCAAGUACAAGAGGAACCUGUAUGCUCGAGAGGACUACAUCCCCAGUCAUGCCCAGCACAUACAGGUCGGGAAGAUCGAGCCGGAUACCGAUGACCAGAUCAGAAAUCAGCAGAUCCGGGCAAGGAUUCACACCAGCCUCGACGUGGACCUGAACGAGAAGGAGAAGAGCAUACGAUCCGCUGAAGCCAAAUUGAGUGACCUGCGGCAGGAAAUCGUCCACGCGGAGGAGCAGAUGUUACAAGCUUCCGAGGAGCUGAAGGAGCUGGAAGACGCCGUCGCCCAGAAGAAGGUUUCAGAGGCGGAGAAGGAAGAGCUGCGGCAGCAGCUGAGCCGCAGGAUCCAUCUCCUAAACCAGCUGCGGGAGGAGGCACAGGAGCUGGAGGCACAGAUGGAGCGCCAGCGCAGAGACAUGGACAGGACGCAGCGGGAGAUUGCCGAUCUGCAGAGCCACCUCCGCAAUCUCAGUCCUCAGGAUCCCAGACACUCACACGUGACCGCGCAGAAGGUCAGCAAGGAGCGGCAGCUGGAGAUGAUGGACGGGCAGUACCGGCAGCUGGAGGGGCGGCUGGACGCCAUGUUGUCUCGCAUCGCCCAAGAGACCGAGGAGAUCAAGGACCUGGAGCAGCAGCUCACCGAAGGUCAGAUUGCUGCUAACGAGGCCCUGAAGAGGGAUCUGGAGGGCAUCAUUGCGGGGCUGCAGGAGUACCUGGAGAGCGUGAAGGGCCAGGCGCGGCGGGCUGGUGACCAGUGCCGGGAGCUGCAGGCGGAGCGGGAGCUGCUGCUUCAGCGGCUGGAGGAGAUGGAGGAGGAGCGGGAGCGGCUGGAGGCUGUGGCGCAGGAGGCUGACCUCAUGAGGAAGGAAAUUGAAGAAUUGGAGCGCGGUCUGCAGGAGCAGCAGGAAGUGAACGAGGCACUGCAGCAGGCGCAGGGAGACCUCCGCACCCAUGAGGCUCAGAUGGAGGCCCAGAGCACGGCCGGCGAGGCUAUGAUCUCCCAGCUGCAGCAGGAGCUGGAGCAGCGGAAACAGCAGCAGCAAGCCGAGAGUUCUGCAUGGAAAGCCGAGCUGGAGCGAGAGCGCCGGGCCCCUGGAGAACGGCGCGUGACCAAAGCCAAUGUCCUACAGGAGGCAGGGACAAGGACCACAAAAAGCUUCUGGACCCAAGCUCACGGCAGCUUGCAGGGGUAA